AUGGAACACUUUGACGUUGCAGUUGUUGGACUUGGAGUGCUGGGAAGCGCGGCUGCAUAUCAAGCCGCUCUAAGAGGCAAGAAAGUGGUUGCUUUCGAGCAGUUCGAGCUGGGCCAUGUGCACGGAGCCUCUCAUGAUACAUCACGGAUUGUCAGAACAGCAAACGCAGCACCCCAAUACGUAUCUCUGGCCAAAUCAGCCUACAAAGACUGGGCCGACCUGGAAAAGGCUACAGACCAAAAGUUGUUAACGAUAACUGGUGGUGUUAUGUUUUUCCCUAAGGGUGCAUCCCCUCCACGCGUUGACUUUACUACAAGCCUUGAUGCCAAAAAUGUGCCAUAUGAGGUUCUUGAUUCUAAGGAAGUCAACAAACGUUGGCCCCAGUUCAACAUCCCAGACACGGUCGAGACGUUAUAUACGGCCGACACCGGUAUCGCUCAUGCGACCAAGACUGUCCUAGCUAUGCAAAGUCUAGCGAGGACAAAUGGUGCAAUUUUGAAGGAGCACACGCGAGUGGACCGAUUGACGCCGAAGAAAUCAGGCUCGGGCGUCAUGAUCGAAACAUCCAAGGGACAGUUCCACGCAGCCAAAAUCAUCCUCGCCACAGACGCGUGGACCAACAAGAUCCUCGCUCCGCUUGGCAUACACAUUCCAUUGACAGUGAUGCAGGAGCAAGUGACAUACUUCAAGCCGACAUACGAAUCAGUCUGGGAACCCGGCCGUUUUCCCGUAUGGAUCUAUGCCGGUGAUCCCUGCUUUUAUGGGUUUCCAUCUUUUGGCGAGUCGACUAUCAAAGUUGCCCGCGAUACCUCAAACAAUUUCAUGACACCUGAGCAACGGACCUACGUACACUCGCCGCAGUUGCUGGAGCAGCUUUGUUCGUUCAUGGGCGAUUUCAUGCCCGACAAGGGCCGUCAGCCGCUUCGUACUAUCACUUGUCAAUACUCUAUUACUCCAGAUCGACAGUUCAUUAUCAGCCCAUUGAAAAACAACGAAGAUAUUAUUGUUGGUCUGGGGGCUGCUCAUGCGUUCAAAUUUGCGCCGGCGUUUGGUCGUGCCCUUGCGGAGUUGGCAAUUGAUGGGAAGAGUACGGAGGAUCUUUCGAAAUUUGGGAUUCCGAAUAAUGCUACUUCUACUAGCAAACUUUAG